AUGGUGGCAUGCGUGAGAGAGCUGAAGCUUCGCCACCACAUUUGUAUUGCUCACACCCUCAAUGUUCUUGUGAAGAGGGUGCUUGACCAGCACCCUGUGCUCUCUGGCCUCCGGGCCAAAGGAAGGAAGCUGGUUGGCUACUUUAGAAGCAGCACCACUGCUAAGGAGAAGCUUACACAAGUGCAGCUUCAGCUGGGCAUGCAAGCAACCAAGCUGAUGCAGGAGGUGGAAACCAGAUGGAACAGCACCUACUUGAUGCUGCAACGUCUGGUGGAGUUGAGGGAGCCAGUAGGAGCGACAUUGGCUGGAUUACACACUGACAUUCCGUUUUUCACUGCCAGUGAGUUUGACAUUGUUGUAGCGUGCCUUUCUUUACUCUCUCCUUUCUAUGACGCCACCACAGAGCUCUCUGCAGAAGAACACGUGUCGGCAUCAAAAGUUAUCCCCCUCCUGAAGAUGAUAGAGAAAGCCCUUCAGGAGGAAGACACCAAGUCAGCACCUGCAGUGGCAGUGGAAAUAGGAGAGCAGCUCAUCAGACAGCUCAGGGAGAAGCUGCACAUGCUCCAGUCAAUGAGCAUCUUGUCGCUGGCUACACUCCUGGACCCACGAUUUAAACUUAUAGCAUUUUUCAGCAACACAAACGCUGCUGAAGCAGUGAAGCGCUUGACUUCAGAGUGUGCCACCGUCAUCCGACGGAACCUAGAAGAGAACACUCACGAUAUCCCCAGGCUUCCACCUCUCAAGAAUUCAGUGGAGGUAGCAGACUUUGGCAAAGAUUGGACACUAGUGUCAUGGAGGCAAAGAGGACUCAAAAUGUGUCAGCAGAUGCCAUCGUAGAGGUCCAGCGCUACCUGUCAGAGGCA